AUGCCUAUGAAGCUCAAUGCGGACUUGGAGGAAUUCUCAAUGUAUUGCCCAGACGUUGGUCACACGGCCGACACUGAGUUGGUUCCGACUGGCAUGACAACAUCUACAGCCGCCAACAUGAGGCUAUGGGACGAACGACAUGUAAUACUUCAGCUCUUCCGAGUGAGGAUGGACUCGCUGAAAGCGGACGAGGAAGAGGGGGAGUUGGACUGGCUGGUGGUGGCCGAAAAGGACGUCGAGCAGGACCUCGACACGUCGAAGAAGGAACUCGAGCUUAUCCGAAGCAUCAUCGAAGACGUGGACGGCUGCCUGGCAGCGGAGAAGAAGCCAAGCCGCACCCUCCGAGAUCAGAAGAUGCAGAUGGGGGCAUGUCAAGAAUAUUCAAGUUCUCGAUGUGCCAUGCUCAAGGAACGGCUUCGACAGGUGCAGUUCUGGGCAAGCAGCAGGCAGAUGGGACGUACCAUACCGGAAAAGGCGCCCGGAGAAUGGCAGACGGCGGAUCUCGAAUGGAGAAUAUGGCUCAGCGAGCAGACGGCCACCAAGACCGACCAGCUCGACCAGACGCCCGUGUCAGCGCUGGAGCAGACGGUCGACCCCGAGAACGAUGCGGCGUGGAGGAUCUGGGGACCAUUGGCGCAUAUACUGACGGCUUAUGUGUGGCAUAACGAGCAGCAAUACACGCCGUGA